AUGAGUGCUGAGCGCAAUCUCAACUUGUUACCUUCCAGUCCACCUAUGGCCCACGCUCUUUUACGCAUCGGACUAUUUUAUGUCUUCAUUCUCGUAUCCUAUAUCUGGCGGACUAAAGUCUCCAGGCAUUUAGAAGUUAGGAGUCAAUUAUACCCUAAAGAAAGAGCUAUAAGGGAUAUUGCUAUCCCACGAUUGAAGUACUACGACCAAGACACUAUUUCCAGGAGCGAAAGAAAUGCCUGUCAAAAUAUGGCAUCUCUUCCCUUUCUUCACAUGUAUAUUCUGGGUUUAGCAUUCAUUUUCUUCUUCCUACUGCUUAAUAUUGAAGUCUUGUUGAGAAAACGCAAAUCGGCUCUCGGACAUGACUCUUUUCAAAACUCCAAUGCCCCCAUCCUGCAACCCGGGGAUUAUUCGCUUCUUCCACCUCCGAAACUUUCUCUUGGUAAGGUUUCUACGUUUUAUUUUCGAUACCGGGCUCAGUUAGUGAGCUCGAACAAAUCAUCGACUGUUCAAGGACUCAGCAUACAUCACCAACUUAUGAAAUCUAUACUUAGAAUGAGGUUGUUAAAAUGGCUCGAUGGGCGAGUAGAGUACAAGUGGUUACAGGAGCAGAUCAGUAUUUCAGUUUAUUCUACCUAUUCACGGAAAAUUAUGUACAGCAACGAUCACUUCAUCUCCGCUCGGCUUGUACUCUCCUGGACAAUUGGUGUACCUGCAACUUUCAAGCACGAAGAAACGAGGAGUUCCCUAAACACUAAUCCCUUAUCAAGCAGAGGAGCGGACUCACUAUCCUGCAAUUUCAAUGACACAAUUUGGAGAAAGUUUGCGAUACAAUUUGCACUCUUCCGUACAUAUCCCGCGAUAUUUAUAGGUCCUAUUAUCGAAAAUCAACUUAAUACCCCGCAGAGAACAACCUCCAGGAAUGAAUCCUGA